UUCGACCCGAAUCACCAACAAAUGCAAUCACAAGUUUGGUUUUUUUGGUAACUUUAUCCGUGAAUGUUCCGCUAACAGUAGCUUUAUACUUGUUUUUAGAUGCGCUUGCAAAUGAUGCAUGGAGUAAGGCUGGUGGGGUCGAUAAACCGGUUGGUGGACAUGAAUAA